CUUCUGUGGCGCUAUUACGCAACGCCAGCCCGCGAGGCGCGCAGGGCAGCCCGCCCGCAUCCGCCAGAGAGAAGCCACGGCGCUUUCGCAGCCCCGCAAGCUAUUUCCGUCGUUUCAUGGCGCGCUCUGCCACCCGGUGCUUGGCCCGGCGCGCGCGCGUCGUCGGCGCGCUGCUGGCCUCCACGGCGAGCCUCGCCGCGGCCGGGCCGGCCAAGGCCUCUCGGCGCAAGCUCACGCGCUACGUCAUGGACGACAGCACCAUCAGAACGGCCGUCGCGGCUUGGUUUGCCGACCGCAGCGGCGCCGAGACGACAUACGGCCACAUUUCUACCUGGGCGACGGGCGGGGUGACGGACAUGUCGUGGUUGUUUUGCGGGCGGCAGGAUUGGAUGGAAGGCGAUUCGUGGUGGGACGACUGCGUCUCGGCGGCGUCCUUCAACGAGGACAUCGGCGCGUGGGACACCUCUGGCGUCACGACGAUGGAGUACAUGUUCUACUACGCCUCGGCCUUUAACCAGGACAUCGGUGGUUGGGCGGUCCACAGCGUCGAGAGCAUGACCUUCAUGUUCCUCUACGCCACGGCCUUCGACCAGGACCUCGGUGGUUGGGCGGUCGACAGCGUCACGGAUAUGAGCUCGAUGUUCUAUGGCGCUUCGUCCUUCGAUCAGGACCUCGGCUGGUGCGUGAACGACGGCGUGGACCUGAACUGGGCGUUCUCCGAGACCCAGUGCGAGUCGACGUCGUGCGGUGUCCUUCACACUGCUGCUCUAAGCUGUGGCGGCAAACCGAUGGGCGACGCCACCAUCCGGACGGCCGUCGACCUCUGGCUCUCGGACAGCGCCGCUGCCGAGGCGACGUACGGCCACAUCUCGACGUGGGAGACAUCGGGGGUGACGGACAUGUCGUAUUUGUUUUGCGGGGUGUCACCUGGUCUUGGAUGGAGUAAUUGCAACACGGCCGCUGAGUCCUUCAACGAGGACAUCGGCGCGUGGGACAUCUCUGGCGUCACAACGAUGGUCGCGAUGUUCGGACACGCCUCGGCCUUCAACCAGGACAUCAGUGGUUGGGCAGUCGACAGCGUCACGGAUGUGAGCUCGAUGUUCUUUAGCGCCCAUGCCUUCGACCAGGACCUCGGCUGGUGCGUGGACGACGACGUGAGCCUGGGACUCCCAGGCGCGUUCUUCGAGACCCAGUGCGAGUCGACGUAUUGUGGCGUGAAGUGGGAGACCAAUACUGGCGACUGCGACGUCUCGCGCACGGGCAACGUCAUGGUCAACUGGAAAAUCAGAUGGGCAGUCUCUGCGUGGCUUGCGGACGCGACGGCCGCCGAGGCGACGUACGGCCACAUCUCGACGUGGGAGACAUCAGGGGUGACGGACAUGUCGUAUUUGUUCGAUGUUUAUUACAACUCGGGCGCGGCGUCCUUUAAUGAGGACAUCGGCGCGUGGGGCACCUCUAGCGUCACGACGAUGCAGUACACGUUCUACGGCGCCGAAACCUUCAACCAGGACCUCGGUGGUUGGGCGGUCGACAGCGUCACGGAUAUGAGCGGGAUGUUCUACGGCGCCUCGUCAUUUAAUCAGGACCUCGGCUGGUGCGUGGACGACGACGUCUACAUCAACUUAUUCACAACGUUCUCUGGCACCCAGUGCGAGUCGACGUCGUGCGGCGUCAAGCAAGUAGCCGGUGGCUGCGCGCCCUCGCCAGCGCCGACGAGCCCCGACCCCGUCGUCGACGCCGCCCGCCUCGCCGGCGCCAGCGCCGCGCUCCUCGCCCUCGCCCUAAUAUAACAAACAUC